GCCGUGACAGAGAAACCAGGCGGUCCGCUCCCGGGAUGCGGUCUCGGGGGCGAGUUGGCCCCUGAGGCCCGGUGACCCUUCGCCCGCAACCAGGGCUAGCGCCUGUGUGCGCCCACGGAAACACCCGACCGACUGGAGAAAGAAAAAGGGGUCAGGGGACCUCCUUCCAGCUCUACGCGCCUCUCAUUCAGAGGUAGAGGUCAGGAAAGGGGAAGGACGGAGCCCCAGAGCAACAGAAGUCAGGCGGUGCCAGGGACACUGAGGGCGGAGCCAGGGGAAGGCUGCCGAGCGCGGUCCUCGCUCCUCCCGGUCCGGGACGGGCCCGAGGCCUCGAUCCGCCUUCCCCGCGCCGUGCUGGUCAGGGCCCCGCGGGGCAGCCAUGCCGGGACGUCUGCUGCGGGGCCUGUGGCAGCGAUGGGGCCGUUACAAGUACCGCUUCGUUCCCUGGAUCGCGCUGAACCUAAGCCACAACCCGAGGACCCUCCGGUAUGUUCCAGAGGAAUCCAAAGACAAAGUUAUCUCAGAUGAAGAUGUCCUAGGAACGUUACUGAAAGUUUUCCAGGCUCUAUUCUUAAAUGAUUUCAAUAAACAAUCAGAAAUCUUGACUAUGCUUCCAGAAUCUGUCAAAUCAAAAUAUCAAGACCUACUGGCAGUUGAACAUCAAGGGGUGAAACUGCUUGAAAACAGACAUCAACAGCAAAGUACCUUUAAGCCAGAAGAAAUUCUUUACAAGACUCUGGGUUUCAGUGUUGCCCAAGCAACUAGCUCAUUGAUUUCUGCUGGAAAAGGUGUCUUCGUUACGAAAGGAUUGGUACCAAAAGGCGCAGUCGUAUCUAUGUAUCCUGGUACAGUAUAUCAGAAGUAUGAGCCAAUCUUUUUCCAGUCCAUUGGAAAUCCAUUUAUUUUUAGAUGCCUGGAUGGGGUACUCAUUGAUGGGAAUGACAAAGGAAUAUCAAAAGUUGUGUACAGAUCUUGCAAUGGGAGGGAUCGACUCGGCCCUUUAAAAAUGAGUGAUAGUACAUGGCUAACGUCAGAAAUUCAUAACCCUCUGGCUGUGGGACAGUAUGUCAACAAUUGUUCCAAUGACAGAGCAGCUAAUGUCUGUUAUCAGGAAUUUGAUGUGCCUGCAGUUUUCCCUGUAGAACUGAAGCAGUAUCUUCCAAACAUUGCCUACAGCUAUGACAAACAAAGCCCACUUCGAUGUGUUGUUCUUGUCGCACUUAGGGACAUCAGCCAAGGAGAAGAGCUUUUUUCAAACUACUACACAAUUGUCAGCUAACUGUGAAUCAGAAAUUAUUAGGUUUUCUACUCAUCUAUUAAUUCUAAGUGUUUAUUGUUAAUCACUUCUCUGAGUUAUACCUGUAAAACAAAUAUUUUGAGACUUAAUUGGAUUAGGAAUUUUUUUAUGUUUUUGUUCAUAUUAUAUUUAUGUUCCAAUUUCAUGAUAAAAGCUACUUGCUUCAUUACAAUUUCAAAUUUGUAAUGCAAUUCCAAUUUUAAUUGGUUUUCACCUAAAUACAUAAUAGCUUAUUAAAUUAAAACCUACUCUUUGAAAUUAUAAUUUCAAUUUUUCUUUUGUUUAUUUUGUAAGCUCUGUGGUGGUUUAUAAAA